AUGCCGCAGCCCUCGCGCUUGCAACAGCACCUCUCCGCUGACGACGUCCCGGGCCUGUACCCCUCUGACCACCUUUCCCUAGCCGUACCAGAUACGGACGAGACCGCCAGGCCUCCUGCGAUCAAGCAUGUCUCUGCGCCGGCUUAUCAGAGUCCCCUACGCCACCACCGCCGCGCUCCCUCUACCAGCAGAGAAGUCAAAGAAACGCUGAACGCCCGAUCCGAGUACAGCAACAGCGAAGACGAUGGCACAGCUCAGCACCGCAUCAACCAAUACAUAAUCGACCAGGAGAUCGGGAGAGGCUCGUUUGGCGCUGUCCAUGUGGCAGUGGACCAAUAUGGAAACGAAUAUGCGGUCAAGGAGUUUUCGAAGUCGCGAUUGCGGAAGCGAGCGCAAUCGAACAUGCUCCGUAGUCCCGGAGUGAGGCAUCGCAAGAACCAGCAUUCCGCUGGCCGUGGCUUCAACCUCCCUCUCCACCGUCACUCCGGCAGUGAACCCAACAACUCUUUGGACCUCAUCAAGGAGGAGAUUGCCGUCAUGAAGAAGCUCAACCACCCCAACCUUGUGUCAUUGAUUGAGGUGCUCGAUGAUCCGGACGAGGACUCGUUGUACAUGGUGCUGGAGAUCUGCAAAAAGGGCGUGGUCAUGCGCGUUGGUCUAGACGAAAGAGCUGAUCCGUAUGAUGACGAACAAUGUCGAUGCUGGUUCCGUGACAUGAUCCUUGGUAUAGAGUACUUGCAUGCGCAGGGCAUCAUUCACCGCGACAUCAAACCAGACAACUGUCUGAUCACCGACGAUGACGUCCUGAAAAUCGUCGACUUUGGUGUUUCCGAAAUGUUCGAAAAAGACUCCGAGAUGAAGACCAAGAAGUCGGCAGGCUCUCCUGCAUUCAUGCCUCCCGAGCUUUGCGUCCCGAAGCACGGCGAUGUAUCUGGCAAAGCCGCUGACAUCUGGUCAAUGGGCGUCACGCUGUACUGCUUGCGCUUCGGGAAGAUACCUUUCGAGAAGACUGGGAUGAUCGAGCUUUAUGAUGCCAUCAGGAACGACAAUGUUGCGUUGGAAGAGUGCGAGGUGGACUUUGCUGAUCUGAUGCAUCGGAUACUAGAAAAGGACCCAGACAAACGUAUCACCAUGGAUGAGCUCCGGAACCACCCCUGGGUAACUCGAAGGGGAACGGAUUGCCUUUUGCCCAAGGAAGAAAACAUCGCCACCAUAAUCGACCCUCCCACGGAAGAGGAAGUCAAUGCUGCAAUUACGGGGAACAUGGGCCACUUGAUCACUGUGAUGAAAGCGGUCAAACGCUUCAAGCAGCUGCUCUUCAAGAAACGGCCUGAUCUCAUGCAAGGUAUUUUUGGCCACCGCAUGGUUGCACCUCCGCUCUCAAUGCGGCCUUACGGUAGGGUGGCAAGGUCGAACAGCGAAACGACCGACAAAAGGUUGUGUUUAGAGAGCGCUCUAGCAACACAAGGCGUCCAUCACGAUAUAGACGCGUCCCCAAAAGUCGAGCAGCUGGCGGAGCACCUCCACGAAGCAGGUCUUGCGACACCCGGGAGUGCGGGGCAGUCUCCCAGGCUCGAUCCUCGAGACACGCAGUUAUCGCCGACUCCUCCUGAGCCGCGAACGCCGCGACUGGAGAUCGGCAAAGGACAGGCUCAUGACCCCCUAGAAGACCAGUUGUUCCUUGACCUCAACUGCCCCGCAGGAGAGGAAUUGCCCCCUGAUCAUCAACACAUGGUGUGCGAAUCGCCAGGUGCGGUGGACAUCGACGUGUACGAAACGGCUUACGAGGAAGAAGUGCAGAAAAUCUUGGCAGAGCGCGGGCAGAGGCGGCCGACACUCUACCUCACCCGGCGUGUGGAGGGCAAGGAAUCGAUCCGGCGGAAUCCGAGUCUUUUUGAUGCCUUGCAGUUGGGCAGCGAAGCCCCCAAGCCUGCAGUUUCGGCGCUAGCCAAGCUGGUCGAGAAAGCCAAGAGCAACGCGCAGAGCGAUGCAGGCGAGGCCUCUGGGGAAAGGGCGGCCUGA